UAGUCAGUAGCACAAUUGUACAUGCCUUCUCUCUUGGUGGUUGUACUCUCACAGUUAUUGCACCAGGCCCACAUGGACCUGUAUCAGUUGGUAUAGAAACAGGCCCUGCCCUUUGGCUUGAGAUCGUAUGUACUUUUAUCUUCCUUUUUGCUUCUGUUUGGAUCGCGUUCGACCAUCGUCAAGCAAAGGCUCAUGGACCUGUUAUUGUUUGCUCGAUCAUUGGACUUAUAGUUGGCCUGUUGGUGUUUAUAUCCACCACAGUGAACUUCAAAGAAAGGUUAUGCUGGUGUAGGGAUGAACCCAGCUAGGUGUUUAGGUCCUGCACUGGUUAGAGGAGGACACCUAUGGGAUGAACACUGGGUAUUUUGGGUGGGGCCAACUAUCGCUUGUGUAGCAUUCUAUCUGUACACCAAGAUAAUUCCAUGUCAGCAUUUUCAUGAAUCAGUGGAAUGAUCAGGUUAUUUCAGAAAGUCAGAAAUAGGAAGGAACGAUCAAAAAGGGUGCUCUUAAGGUGCAUUUGGUUGGAGAGGAACUAGGCUAUUUGAAGAUGGAUAGCGAAGUGCACAGCAUAUCCAUCAGUAAUUGGUUUAGUACUGAAGAGGGAAAGAGUGGAGAUGACAAGAACCAUAUGCCGAAAACUUUGACUGAGCAGCUGGUUUUGGGGCUGGAGGACUUUUUCUCGCUCGAGGUAUGGCGUGCAUCAGUUGCAGAGCUCAUCGGCACGGCUGUCCUUGUAUUUGCCUUGGACACCAUAGUCAUCUCUUCCUUUGAAACAAAUACCAAAACACCAAAUGUACUAAUAUCGAUUUUCAUUUUCAGCUCCGUCUCAAUUCUCAUUCUAGCCACCUUCCCUAUCUCAGGUGGCCAUCUUAACCCAGCCAUCACAUUUUCUGCUGCUUUACUCGGUGUCAUCUCAUAUGCUCGCGCCACCAUCUACAUCCUAGCUCAAUGCCUGGGAGCAGCUCUAGGGGCACUUGCACUGCAAGCUGUAGUCAGUGACUCGACAGUACAAGCUUACUCUUUGGGGAGUUGUACUCUGACUGUCACUCAACCUGGCACAAAUGGCCCAACAGCGGUAGGUAUCAACACUAGCCAAGCAUUCUGGCUUGAAAUCUUCUGUAUGUUUGUAGUCCUUUUCGCUUCUGUUUGGAUUGCGUUCGACGGUCGACAAGCCAAACCUCUUGGGCCUGUUGUUGUUUCUUCUACUAUUGGACUUAUAGUCGGCCUGAUGGUGUUUGUAUCCACUACCGUUACUGGUACUGCAAAGAGCGGGUAUGCUGGUGCAGGAAUGAACCCUGCGAGAUGUCUGGGUCCUGCACUGGUUAGAGGUGGUCACCUAUGGGAUGGACAUUGGAUCUUUUGGUUGGGACCCACUAUUGUUUGCUUGCCAUUUUAUAUGUACAUACAGAUCAUUCCACGUCAGCAUUUUCAGCCAUCAAAGCAAGGUAACGAUGAUUAGACAUACACGAUGAAGGUUGCUGCCGAGUGCCGACUGCGUCAUCGGGAGAAAUUAGUGGUGUUUUAGUGCCGCAUUAUUUAGGCGUAAUUGAUAUUCUUAACGUGUUGUAAGUGUCUCUCACACGACCAAUAAAGAGCUAUCCGUAGGGGUCUAUCAAUCUACAUUGCAGUGAUUAUGUUAAUGUGGAGUAUUUAAAUACAAUUAGUCGAGCAUAAUUAUG